AGUUGAUGAUCAACAUUGUGGGGAUAAUACGACAGUCUCUUAUCACAAAUUGGAACGUGUCAACGAGCUCAAAAUGUGAAUUAAAAAAAAAAAAUAUACACACAGUUAUCACACAAUGUGUUAGUGGUACAAAUAAUAUAUAUAUUUUAUUUUUUGAUUGAUCAUGUCUGCUCUUAUUAAACUCAAACGUAGUAGUGUUCAGCUUAAAAUAGCAGCAAUCGAAGUUGGAGCUGUUAGAGCAAGACAUAUUGUUGCUGGACUUGUUGCAGUUGGUUUUGCAUUAUCUGGAGCUGUUGAAGUUAGUUCAUCAGUUGCUUUACUUGCAAAUCAAGAAGAUAAUCAUGCAAUUAUUGACACAUCAUGGCACUGUGAUAUGCUGGUUAAUAUCAGCAAACGAAACCAUACUGAAGACUUUGAAGUUAUUCUUCUUGAGCUUCCUCAAGAAGAACGAGCUGAAUCAAUAAUGCGUGAAGCAUUUUUAUGGGGUCAAGUUGCUGGACCAAUGCUUGGUGGUUGUCUUGUUUGGGGACGUUCAGGACCAACUGUUGUUUUUUCAAGAGCUAUACUCGGUGCUUGUCUUGCAUUACUUCUUGUUCCUGCAGCAUGGCGUGGUCCUUCACAUGUUGCAUUACGUCUUUUUCAAGGAUUAUUAACAGGUGCAACAAUGCCAGCAGCUCAUAUGUUUGCCAUGACUUGGUUUAAAAGUAAUCACAGAAGUUGGUUCUUUAGUUGUUAUGCAGCGGUAAGCGUUGGUUACUCAAUGACUGGUUGGAUUGGAACAGCAGUUGUUAGAAAUUUUGGAAGAGAUGCAUUAUGCUAUGGUCUUGUUAUAAUAGCUAUUUGUUGGUACUUUGCUUUUAUACAUUUUGUUCAAGAUACUCCAAAGUCAUAUCAACACGAUACAAAUUCUGCAGUGAUACCUUGGGGUAAACUUUUAAGAUCAGUACCAGUAUGGGCAUCAUGUAUGGCAACAAUGGGUAAUCAAUGGGGAGAUGCAACAUUAGCACUUGGAAUGACUAAAUAUUUAAAAUUAAUUUAUGGUUUUUCUACUGCAAAUGACUCGGUACUAACAACACUACCUCAUAUUGGUCAUUUUUUAGCUGCUCUUACUUGUGGAUUACUUGUUGAUCAUGUAAGAGAAUCUGGUAUAGUUUCAACGACAACUGCUAGAAAACUUGUUGUAUAUACUGCUCAUUUUAUACCAGCUGCAUUACUUUUUGUUGCUGGAUAUGCUGGAUGUCAAGCAAUUGGAGCAGCUUGGUUGGGUAUUGCAGCACUUCUUGUUUCUGGUACAGCUACAUCUGGUGCGAUUGCUGCAAUUGCUGAUCUUGCACCAGCUGAAUCACCAGCUUGUGCUGCUGCUGCAUGUGCAUUAUGUUCAACACUUGGUGCUGCUGGUCUUCUUGCUGCUAAUUAUUUUGUCACUCAAGCACUUCAUGGCUCGAUUGCUGGUUCAUGGAGAUUAGUAUUUGGUGUUGCAUCAUUAGUUUUAUUAUCAACAGCUGCUGUAUUUCUUGCUCUUGGAAAAGGUGUUCCACAACCAUGGAUACCAUCAGUUGCACGUUCACGUAGUCAUGAUGAUGUUAUUUAUGAACAAGAUACAUAUGAAGAUGUUGCUGUACAAACAGAACCACCUGAAUCUUAUGAUGAUAUUGAAAGUGUCAUUGAAGCACCAAGAUCAUUAUCAGUUCAUUCGAAACGCUCAAUAACAUCAAAUAAUAUUUAAUUUAAUUUUUAAAAAACUUAAGCUAUAGCUAUCAUUAAUUAUUUAUUAAAAUAAAAGAAUUAAAAAAAUAAAUACAAUAAUAUAAUGACAAAACAAAUAAUAAUAAAAAAAAAAAAUUUAUUAAAAAAAUA